AUUGUUACGUAUACUGGUGCUGGUCCCGCCCCCUGACUCUGUGGGCAUUCCCUGGGGUAGACCGGGAAGGGGGCGGGUAGUCUGGGGAUCUGGAGUCUGCACUGCGGCUGUAGGGAGAGAGUGGGUGCGUUCUGCAGUCCCCAUCCCAAUGGUUUCCCAUCACCUUUCUCAGUCGGGGCCCUCGGGAGGGUCUCCCUGCCCCAGGAGCCCUGCCCCGACGUUCCCUCUACCCACAGGCAGCAUCGGCCCACCACCAGCAGUCCAUUUCCAAUGGAAGUCCUGGAUGAGUUCGACAGCGAAUUCCCCCUGAGUGUGACCUUCUGCCAGCUCAUUUCCGAGGAUGACUUCGAGAGGCAAGCAGCUACCUACACAGAGCAUGCGCUGCGACGCCUCUUCCGCUCCUUGGACCGCAACCCAGCGCUGGCCGAGAGGGUUGUGCGGAAGGGCAAGCAGACCGAGAUCGAGCAGCGCGGGCUCCUCUCCAACCUCUGGGCGAAGUUUGUCUGCACUGUCCAGGGGGAUCUAAACCAGUGCAACAGCAUGGGGGCCCUGGAGAUGCAUCAGCGCCUGGAGCAGCUGAAGAGGCGCAUCCACCGUGUGCAUCUGUACUCCCAGGAUGCGAAGAAGAGAAGGAGGAGGCCGAAACCAAAGAAACCAGAUCCCAUCUUUCGAGACCGGUCGACCUCCCCAUGCCUGCCACCAGCCCUAUUACCACCACCACUGCUGCCGCCGCCACCGCCACAACCUGUCACCACCGUGGCCUCUGUAGUGGCUGCGUCACCCUCUGUCUACACUAUGCCCCGGGUCUUUGGCCCCUUCCCUCCACUGUCUGGCAAGCCGAUGGAGAAACUGGAUAUUUCAAGGUCUGAAGUGAAAUUAAACUGGAAUGGUCUUUCAUCAACGUCAAAGAGCCACAUGGUUGAUCUGACCCCCUUAGUCCUCAACCCCGGAGGCUUCCAUUUCUCAUAUUUGGCAGGAAACAGUGCACACAAGCUCCAUUGCCCUGCCUUUCCCUGGACGACAGCCUGUAGUGGGCCCACCAACACUGACAAGACGCCACCUCCUCCUGUGAAAGCCUCCAUCUUCACUCCGCCUGUUCUGCUCAAGUUCCAGCCCGUGCCCAGACCCAAUGAUGAUUCAGAGAAUGACCCUGGCAACGCCGAGUCCACUCCUGCCAAGGAGAACCAAUAAUCUCUUCCCUACAGACCAUGCCCCAGGACUGAGUAAAGUUCAUCCUGGUGUUGAGCUUCC